AUGAAUUGGUGUAGAGAAUUAGAUGUGAUGACAGCAGAACAAUUUAUGCUUCAGUACAAUUCCCUUUCAACCACAGCAAAAAAACAAUUGUUGACCAUUCCUGCUAUUAACAAUCAUCAAACAACCUGUACUUUUCCUUGGUCUGGAUUUAAUCUAUCCAGUUUACAAGAACGUAGUCCUCCAAUUACUCAAGCUGUUCCUUUGUCAUCUGGACCUGACUUGCCUCAUCCCGAUACAAAUGAUUUGGAUAUGACCAUACCAAUUGAAAACAAUCAACAAGAAGGUGAUGAACAACAAAAUGAACUUGUCCCAAAUAGAAGACGGAGAAUGGAUUCCACUGAUUCCAGUGAUUCAUACCAAACACCAAGAACUACUAAUAGGAGACAAUCAACAGAAACUCGAGUGAAUGAAUUUGAAGAUGUACAGAGGCUCUUACGAACAUUCGCAGAGCAGCGAAAGUACCAGCGAUACAGUGAUAAUCGACCAGUCCCUCAACCAGUAUUUGCUACAGCUCAAUACAAUGAAUUGCUUAAAGAACAACCAACAGAAGAUCAAGAGCUACUUGCUAAACUCUGUAUUGAUAUCAAAGAGAAUCUUUAUCUGGCCUAUGAAAAUGAAUCGAGAGCAAAUCUCCAUCAUUUUGUGGUAGCAGAGAAACUAGUAAAGCUAAAGGAGCGGAUUGAAAUUGAAAUGUUUGAUAGAAUGCUGCUAAAAGACUUUUCCAUAUCUAAAAAGAUUUUUGCUCGCUAUCUCAAAGGCAUGAAUUACGACCACGGCGAGAAAGAAAUCAAUGUCAGUGAUACAGAUUCAGAAGAUGAAAGUGUGUUAAUGACUAUUCCGGAAUUUCAAAAGUCUAGCCAUUGGUAUAAUUUCAAGCAGGCUGAUUUCCACAACAAAUCUGUCCCAUUUGUAGAUAAAAUUUCCAAGAAAGUGCUCGCAUAUCAGUUUUAA